UCAAAAUACAUUUGAAACCAGUCCGGGUUUUGAAUUUAUUUGUUAAUUUUAUUUUAGAUUAUGUUACCAAAUUUGUCAAAUUAAUAAUGCUGCUGCCGUUAAAUGAUUUUGUUCCCAAACUUGACUCGAACUCAAAUAUCUAUCUGCUAAAGCGCCAAAUUGCAGAGAAUGGAACAAAAACACAAACACAGCUCUUUCAAGUGUUCCGAUUCCGAAUCGAAGACACAGGAACCGCCAACAAUGUCGAAGUCGAAUAAAGUAAUAUCUGGGCCUAGUUGUGAUAGUGGAGCCACGGAGCCUAUAAAGAAUAGUGCCGAAAACCAAUCUAAUCUAAAAUCUAAGGGUUUUCGCAGCCUUUUUAAAAUACUGCCAUUUGGCUCUAGCAAUAAAUCAAAAGGACUGUCAAAUAAAAAGCAAAAUGAUAAGGCCAAUACUCCCCUAGAGGACGAAGACAUACGUCGAUUGAUUGGCCUAUAUUCGAAAUACGAAAAUCUGUACAAUUGCAACAACUCGCAAUAUGGCAACAAGCAAAUCGAUAAUAUAUACUAUUCGGAUAUGGCACGCUCCUUUACCAACAAAACGGGUCCAGACAUCCAAGCUACGCUAAUAGAGCUGCGCGCGGAAUUUGAACAUGAAUACGCCUUAAUUCAGAAUGCUCGUCUCAGCGAUGGAUGCAAUUUGACGCCCACUUUUGCAUACUAUAAUGAGUUUCUAUUUCUAGUUCCUUUUAUCAGCAUGGAAAAGACAACGGAAGAGGCAGAGGAGCGAUCACAGGAAGAACCGACACACAUUGAUGUGUCUACAUUUAGCAGUCAAUGCAGCAAUACACACUAUACUUCAGACAAAUCAUUAGGCGCUAAUGGUCUGGUGAAGUACAGCACCGCGACUUUUCAAAAUCAAUGCGUUUCACAUUUGCCUGGAACCCAAUUUGUGGGGUUGACGUCAAGAAAUAUAAUAAAAAACCCAUUAUCAAAUAGUAAACAUAAAAAUUUCGGCAAGAAAAAAAAGUCACUCGACCACAAGUCGAAAAUUGAGGAAAACGCAAAGCUAUUAGACAAGAAACCGAACAACUAUGCUAAAUCGAUAGAAGAUACUGAACCAGAGCAGAAUGCUAAAUCGAGAAACGAUACGGAAUCACUAAGGAAUGAUCAAUCGCUAAAUGAUACGGAACCUUUAAGGACGGAUGAGUCGAAAAUUAAAUCGGAAUUGCAAAAAGAUACGGAUACAUUAGGGAGAGAUAAAUCAAAUGCAGGUGGACCAACGGUAGCCAACUCGAAGAAUGAUGUGGAUUUAGAUAACCAGGAUUUGAAAUCGGAAUAUCAAACCCAAACUUCUGCUGAUAAGCAGCAAGCACAUGUUCAAAUACAAACUUCGGAAUCAGCACUACAGAAAGCUCUGAGCCGUGGACAGCAAAGUUCCCGUCUCUCGAGUAGAUUUGACCAAUCCAAAUGCAUAGCCCUUACAAACAGGCCAAACCAAGCUCAACAUAAUGGAAAUCAACGCAUAUGUGAGCCACGAAGCAGGCAAGAGCAGCGCGCUGGAUCGUCUAGAAACAAUGGACAUCAGCUGGAAAUGCUGUGCGAAAUGAUUAAAGCGGAGCUCAGCUCAGCUCCAGAUUGCAUUUACUUCGAUGCCAAGUGGCGUAUUAUCGAGAUUUUGCGCGAGGUAAACAAGCGACAAAUGAUCUACAAAAAGGGUGAUCCGUCGCAAGGUACAAACCGUAAAACCGACAUCGAGACCUAUUAUAAUAUUAGGGUUAACAAUAGUAACAUGCGAAACAUGAGCAGCAGCUGCCCAUACUCCAAGAUGGAAGCAUUAUUGAGCAGCUCAAAGUUGUUCAAGCAUUGGCCAAGCAUUCUAUUUGGUUUUCUCAUCGCAAUGGCUAUUAAGUACAUCAAAAUCUGCCGAAUGCGACGAUCGGAAAAGUUAUCGGGGGAAGAGCAUAUUGCAGUCGAAUUCACAACGACUGAUGGUGACAUCUUGCCUGCUUUGGAGGAGAAACUACAUGUGCCAUAUGUUCCUGGGCGGAAUCUCAACCCAAAUGGUGCCAUGCGUUUCUAUGAGCUGAUGAUGGAUCGUCGCAGUGUUCGUUCGUUUAAAGCCAAUUGUAAACCAUCUAUAGAUGUAAUAGAAUAUUGCAUACGUGCUGCGGGAACGGCACCGAGUGGUGCACACACCGAGCCUUGGACGUUUUGUUUGGUGGAAGAGAUGGGUGUGAAGCAGGCUGUGCGGGAGAUUGUCGAGCGUGAGGAGCAUAUAAACUACAGCACACGAAUGCACGCACAGUGGGUGACGGACCUGCGGCCUUUGCGCACAACCGCAAUCAAGCCAUAUCUCACGGAUGCGCCCUAUCUGAUUCUAAUAUUUAAGCAAACGCAUGGCACAACAGUCGACGGACGCAAGAAACUGCAUUACUAUAAUGAGAUAUCAACGUCCAUUGCCACCGGAAUACUAUUGUGUGCUCUCCAAGCAGCUGGGCUUUGCUCGCUGGUCACCACGCCUCUUAAUUGUGGCCCUGCUUUAAGACGCUUACUCGAUCGGCCAAAUAACGAAAAAUUGUUAAUUCUACUUGCUGUAGGUUAUGCGACGGACGAUUGCAGUGUGCCGGAUUUGGAACGCAAAAGACUACAAGACAUCAUGGUUAAAUAUUAAUUAUUUUAUGCAAAAAGAUU